AUGCAAAAUGAACAAAGUCGACGUAAUAUGUUUACGACGUUUAAAUUUAUCGUUAUUACGUGUGAAAAAGGAGUACAUUGUAGGCAGAGAAGAGGAAUUAUGAAAUGGUUUGAAGGCAGAAUAAGUGAAGCAAUUGCUACAAGCCGUGAACAAAAGGCGCUCUUCAUCGUUAAUAUUCAGCAACCGCCAGAGAAUAAAGAUGAACAAAGUAUGCGAAUGGCACAGCUUUGGGAUAGUAUUGAUAACAAUAUUUGCCAACCAGCUUUGGUUGGCAUACGUAUUUUUCAAGGAACCGAAACGGCAAAGCAGUUUGCUCAAAUAUAUCCCGUAUUUGUUGUACCAGCAUCAUAUGUUAUUGACCUGAAAGGGAAGCCUUUAGAUGUUAUUACAGUCACUGAAGAACUGACUGAAGAAACCUUUGCACAAAGACUUAAGAUUGCUAUGAAGACUUUGAACGAUGCUCAUCAGUCUUCAUCCUCUUCAUUAACUGUAACUAGUAAUCCAGAUAAAGAAAAUACAGAAAGAAAAGAAUGUACUACUGCUAGCAUGGAUGAAAAGAUAAGAAAAGCGCAUAAAUUACUUGAAAAGAAACGUGAAGAAGACGCAAUUAUGAAAAAAAAGGAAGAGAAUGAAAAAGAGGUCGAAAGAAGAAAUUUGAGUAAAUCAAUGGAAGAAUCCAAAGCAUCACGUGAGGAACGCGAGAGGCGAGACAUAAUGGAGCAGAGGAACCGCGAAAAACGUGAACAAGAAGCUUACCUGGAGAAAAUUCGUCAGCAGAUUAAGGCAGACAAAGAAGAACGGAUGAAUGGAAUAUUAGGUAAUGUUAAGGACCAAGAGCAUAAAGCAAAGUCUGCAGAUCAUCAGAUUAAUAAGCAGUCUUCAGUUUCAGACAGUGCUGGAUGCCGCAUUCAGUGCAAAUUUUCCGAUGGCUCUACUUUGGUACAUCAGUUUGCUUCCACAGACAUCUUUUCCCAGCUUGUAGAAAUAAUCAAGAAGGAUGGACGUGAAGGUGAUGAUUUUUAUAUAGUGCAAAUGUAUCCAAGGCGAGAGUUUCCUGAUAUCACAAAAACAUUUGCUGAACUGGGUUUAACGCCAUCCGCAACUGUUCUCGUACUUUCAAAACGUAAGCGAGCAGUGGCUGCAUAUGGUGGUUCCAGGUGGAUCGGAUUACUUCAUUAUGCUAUUGCUGCUCCAUUUCAAGCUUUAUAUCGUAUUCUACUUUAUAUAGUUGGUUAUAAAGGUCCUACUUCGUCACUGGACGGUACAACUGAACCCAGCAAUCCUAUCACUAUACCGAGCAAAGUUCACAAAGCGAAACAAAGUGAUGAACAUCGCCGAGAUCACGUUAGACAUGAAGGUAACUUUCGGAGAUUUCGUAACGACGAGGAUUCUUCACAAUCAGAUGAUGAAGCCAGGUGGAAUGGUAAUUCAACUCAACAACUUUGA